GGAUGUUUCUGGAGUUUUCUUGUUAGCUGGAAAACAGAAAUAUCGUUACUUGUUGUACCGCUGGAGUGUUAGCCGAGUUGCUAACAGUAAAGCUGUUGAGCGGAGAGGCUGCCGCACUGCUCACCGCUGUCCAAGCCACAAACAUACGCUUGGCUGUCAGAACACAGAAUGGCUAAAAGUGAGCCAGAAGACAUGAUCGAGAUUGAGAUUGAUGAACGGGAGAAACAGGCAUGCCUGGAGGAAAGUGUGGAGGAGCAGACCAUCACUGCAUCAGAUUUGAUUCAACAAGACAUCGACAUCAAUGAGCCAAUCGGCAAUCUGAAGAAGCUGUUGGAGCCUCGCAUUCAAAUCCCUUUAGAUGCAUAUGAGAUCUGCUUGCAGGACAUUCAGCUCCAUCCUGAUCACAGCCUUUUCGAUCAGGGAGUGAAGACAGAUGGAACAGUGCAGCUUAGCCUGCAGAUCAUAGCCAAACCAGGAGAGGAGAAGCUGAACAUUUUGGAAAUUGUGAAGCCGGUAGAAACAGUAGAAGUGGUGAUAGACCCAGAUGCAGCAGGAGAGGAGGGAGCUCUGGUGGAGGAGGGACAGCUCAUUGCCGUAGAACGAUCCGCUCUGUCUGAUGAAACCUCAGAGCAGGUCACACGAUGGGCUGCAGCGCUGGAAGGCUACCGCAAAGAGCAGGUCCGCCUGGGAAUACCAUACGACCCUAUGCAGUGGUCAGCUGAUCAGGUGAUCCACUGGGCUGUGUGGGUCAUGAAGGAGUUUAGCAUCGAUGAAAUGGAAAUAGGCAGCAUCCACAUCCCAGGUCAAGAGCUCUGCGCUUUCAGCCAAGAGGAGUUCCUUCAGAAAGUACACAAUGGAGAGAUUCUCUGGAGUCACUUGGAACUGCUGCGCAAAUAUGUGUUGGCCAGCCAAGACCAGUCUGGAGGGGAUGCUACUGUCACUAUUGAUCAACCCGUGCAGAUAAUACCGGCUCAGGUGAGCUCAUCCACAGCUAUAAAGGUGUUGAAGCAGAGCCGCGGCCCCAGAAUGCCUCGUAUUUCAGGAGAAGAACGCAGCUCACCUGGCAACCGCACAGGUAACAACGGUCAGAUCCAGUUGUGGCAGUUCCUGCUAGAGCUGCUGACAGACAAGGAUGCAAGAGACUGUAUAUCCUGGGUGGGUGAAGAGGGAGAGUUCAAACUCAACCAGCCUGAGCUGGUGGCACAGAAGUGGGGCCUGCGUAAGAACAAGCCGACGAUGAACUACGAGAAGCUCAGUCGAGCCCUCAGGUAUUACUACGACGGGGACAUGAUAAGCAAGGUGCAGGGCAAGCGCUUCGUCUACAAGUUUGUGUGCGACCUGAGGACUCUGAUCGGCUACAGUGCUGCCGAGCUCAACAGCCUAGUGACCGAGUGCGAGCAGAAGAAACUGGCUCGCAUGCAGAUGCACGGCAUCGGGCAGCCCAUCACUACAGUGACCCUGGCCACCACAACACUAGACAAGAACAGCUGAAGGAGGAGACAUUUCAGAGCCCUCCACCGCUGACUGGAAAUCAUGUGUCCGUCAGACACAGAAAUGCAAGCCUGGUCCCUGAUCAGUGUGGAUUAACAACUUUAUUAUUGUCUUUACAGUUCGAUUCAAGUUAGACUGAGGCAGGUGAAGUUUUUUUUAGCUUUUCUUUAACGCUAACCAAGAGAAGCGCGUUGAGGAUGAGGGAGAACGUCUGAUUGUUGUGUGCAUGCGAUUUGAGCGAAUGAGUGCGACUGGCAGCCCAGUUCAGAGCUUUGUGUUGUGUGUUCCUCGUCUGUAGUUUGGGAUCAUUUCCACUGUAUAUACCGGUACUUCAUGUUUUUGAUAGCCACAAGGGCAAGUGUAUUUUCAUAUUUUCCAUUUAUAGAACCUGUUUUGUAUUUUAUUUAGUGUUUGCUCCCUAAACUGUUGGACCCUUUUUGUCCACUAGGGGGAAUAAAGUGGCAAGCAUAUUUCUUCACA